AUGGAUGAAUCCGGGAUCGACAUGGGAUUCGAUCUCGCUACGUUCCUCACGAAAGAUUUUAGUGUUGACCAAAAAGUCUUGGAGGAGAUGACGGCUGCCCAACAACACCAGGACUUCAUGUUCUACGAGCUCAAAUCAAAAGCAGUGCCGAUAACAGAGAGGGUCGAUGGCGAAAAGAUGCGACAGGUUCAAAGAUUGGAGAAACUGGGCUUCCGGUAA